UUAAAACCCAGGAGCGUGGGAUCAGUGACCGUUACAGGGUGUGAGGAGAGCGAAGUGAACAGAGAUUGGAGAUCAUGGCCCAGUUUGUCUUUGAAAAUGACAUAAACAGCAUCCUCAAGCUGGAUGCACCAAUCACAAACGCUCCCCUGGCACGGUGGCAGCGGAAGGCGAAGGAAGGCAACUGCUCUUCUGCCAAUACGUCCGUCAACACCAGCGUCUUAUCACCAAUGAAGGCUGCAAACAGGUCGCACAGCUCCAGCAAGACCCCAUCCAAAACUCCAGGGAAGUCCCAGGGAAAACUGCAGGGCACCCCGUCCAGAGCUGGAGGAGAUCGAUUCAUUCCUAAUCGGAGUGCAAUGCAGAUGGAUGUGGCCAGCUUCCUACUGAGCAAAGAGAAUGAGCCUGCCGACCAAUCUCCAACCAAGAAGGAGCAUCAGAAGGCUUGGGCUGUCAACCUGAACGGCUUUGACAUGGAAGAGGCAAAAAUCCUGCGGCUCGGUGGCAAAUCCUUGAAUGCCCCUGAAGGUUAUCAAAACAACUUGAAGGUUUUAUACAGCCAAAAAGCAACCCCUGGAUCCAGCAAGAAACCCGGCCGGUACAUCCCAUCCAUGCCAGACAGAGUCCUCGAUGCUCCUGAGAUCAGAAAUGAUUAUUAUCUGAAUCUGAUCGAUUGGAGCUCCCAGAACAUGCUGGCCGUAGCACUGAAUGACUCGGUCUACCUCUGGAACUAUACGAACGGAGAAAUCCUCCUCCUAUUGCAGAUGGAGAAUAAUGAAGAGUACAUUUCAUCCGUCUCGUGGAUCAAAGAGGGGAACUAUCUGGCUGUGGGGACCAGCAAUGCUGAAGUGCAGCUCUGGGACGUUCAGCAACAAAAACGUCUGCGCAAUAUGAUUAGUCAUUCAUCACGUGUUGGUGCUUUGAGUUGGAAUAACCACAUCCUGUCCAGUGGUUCUCGGACUGGUCACAUCCAUCAACACGACGUGCGGGUUGCUCAGCAUCACGUCGCCACACUGUCUGGGCACUCGCAGGAAGUCUGCGGCCUUAAAUGGUCUCCGGAUGGACGUUACUUGGCCAGCGGGGCAAAUGACAACCUGGUGAACAUCUGGCCUUCUGUCCAGGGGGAUUCCGCAGAGUUCACACCAGUGCAGACCUUCACACAACACCAGGGAGCGGUCAAGGCUGUGGCCUGGUGCCCGUGGCAGUCCAACAUACUGGCAACUGGUGGUGGAACAAGUGACAGACACAUCAGGAUCUGGAAUGUGUGCUCUGGAAUGUGCCUAAAUUCUGUAGACACUCACUCCCAGGUCUGCGCCAUCCUGUGGUCAUCAACGUACAAAGAACUCAUUUCUGGCCAUGGGUUUGCACAGAACCAGCUUGUCAUCUGGAAAUAUCCCACAAUGACCAGAGUUGCAGAGAUGAAAGGUCACAGCGCACGCGUCCUCAAUCUCUCCAUGAGCCCAGACGGCUGCAGCGUGGCCUCUGCCGCAGCAGAUGAGACAUUGCGGCUCUGGAAGUGUUUUGAGGUGGAUCCCGUCGCAAAGAAGGAAAAAGAGAAGGCCAGGAGCAGCAGCAAAAGCAUCAUCCACCAGAGCAUCCGAUGAGACCCGAUCGCCACUUGUUUUUAAUCCAUAUCCUAUUACAAUGUAAAUAUUUGAA